UCCGUCUCUCCCAAGCUCUCAUCUCUUCGCUCCGCGUCCGUGGCAGCAUCCACUCACUCUUUUACUACUUCCUGCGAUGUGACUCCACGCCGCUAGCUCUCUGGAAUAUCACCCUGCGUGACAAGUGACGGAUUUUAAGCACGCGCCACGCCGUCCGGUUUUCCAAAUUCAAGGGGACACCGCGGCAGCGGCUAAUGCCUUCAACCAUGACUGUGGGAUUAAUAACGGUUUUGUGUGCUGUAACGGCCGUUUUCGCGAUGGAAGAAACAUUAAUGGACACCCGGACCGCCACAGCAGAGCUCGGUUGGACGGCGUACCCUUCAUCAGGGUGGGAGGAAGUAAGCGGCUAUGACGAGAACCUCAACACCAUCCGAACGUACCAGGUGUGCAACGUCUUUGAGUCCAACCAGAACAAUUGGCUGCUCACCACCUUCAUUGCACGACGUGGCGCUCAGCGCAUCUACGUAGAGAUGCGUUUCACCGUCCGAGACUGCAGCAGCAUCCCGCGGGUGCCUGGAUCCUGUAAGGAGACCUUUAACUUGUACUACUACGAGACAGACUCUGUCAUUGCCACCAAAGGUACGGCGUUCUGGAUGGAGGCUCCGUAUUUGAAGGUGGACACUAUUGCAGCGGAUGAGAGCUUCUCACAGGUGGAUUUUGGUGGUAGAUUGAUGAAAGUGAACACGGAGGUGCGAAGUUUCGGUCCGUUGUCGAAAAACGGCUUUUAUUUGGCAUUUCAGGAUUAUGGCGCAUGCAUGUCCCUGCUGUCUGUCCGUGUGUUUUAUAAGAAAUGCCCUAGUGUCGUGCAGAACUUUGCGAUCUUUCCAGAGACCAUGACCGGGGCAGAGAGCACCUCGCUGGUGAUCGCUCGCGGGAUGUGCAUCCCGAAUUCCGAGGAAGUGGACGUACCGAUUAAGUUGUACUGUAAUGGCGAUGGGGACUGGAUGGUUCCGAUUGGGAGCUGCACCUGCAAGGCAGGAUUCGAGCCAGAUAACGGGAACGUCUGUCGAGCUUGUCCUCCGGGAACGUUCAAGUCCAGUCAAGGUACGGGUUUGUGUCUUCAGUGUCCGUCCAACAGCAGGUCCACAUCUGAAGCCGCCACUAUCUGCGUCUGCAGGAACGGCUACUACAGAGCAGACGGAGAGCAGCCAGACAUGCCCUGCACCAGUGUUCCUUCUGGACCAAGAAACGUCAUCUCCAUUGUGAAUGAGACCUCUGUGACUCUGGAGUGGCACUCUCCGCGCGAGACAGGCGGCCGUGAUGAUGUCAUGUAUAAUAUUAUUUGUAAGAAAUGCCAGGCGGACCGUCGUUCCUGCUCCCAUUGCGACGAUAACGUGGAGUUUCAGCCCCGGCAGCUGGGACUGACCGAAUCCAGAGUCUUCAUCAGUAACCUGCUGGCACACACUCUCUACACCUUUGAGAUCCAGGCGGUCAACGGCGUCACCAACAAGAGCCCGUAUCCUGCCCAGCACGUCUCCAUAGACAUCACAACCAACCAGGCUGCUCCGUCCAUUGUUCCCAUAAUGCAUCAGGUCAGUUCGACAAUGAAAAGCAUCACGUUGUCAUGGCCACAGCCUGAGCAGCCCAAUGGAAUUAUUCUCGAUUAUGAGCUGCGCUACUAUGAGAAGGAGCUGUCGGAGGUGAACUCCACGCAGGUGAGGAGUCAGACGAACACGGCUCGUGUGGAUGGAUUACGGCCGGGCACCAUGUACGUGAUGCAGGUUCGCGCCAGGACGGUUGCCGGUUUCGGCAAAUACAGCAGCAAAAUGUGCUUCCAAACCCUCACAGAUGACGACUAUAAAUCAGAGCUGAGGGAGCAGUUGCCGCUGAUUGCGGGCUCAGCCGCGGCUGGAGUGGUCUUCAUUGUGUCUCUGGUGGCGAUAUCUAUAGUCUGUAGCAGGAAACGAACUUACAAUAAGGAGGCCGUGUACAGUGAUAAACUCCAGCACUACAGCACCGGGAGAGAACUCACUUUGAGGCCAGAUAUGUCUAACUGCCACACACCCAUGGGCUGCCCGACCCUGCCAGGCUCUCCGGGGAUAAAGAUCUACAUCGACCCCUUCACCUAUGAAGAUCCUAAUGAAGCUGUCAGAGAAUUCGCCAAGGAAAUAGACGUCUCCACUGUCAAGAUUGAAGAAGUUAUCGGGGCAGGUGAGUUCGGGGAGGUGUAUAAAGGUCGACUGAAACUGCCUGGAAAACGAGAGAUCUACGUUGCCAUCAAAACACUGAAAGCAGGCUAUUCUGAGAAGCAGAGACGUGACUUCCUGUCUGAGGCAUCGAUCAUGGGGCAGUUUGACCACCCCAACAUCAUCCGCCUGGAGGGUGUGGUCACCAAGAGCCGACCGGUCAUGAUCGUCACAGAGUUCAUGGAGAACGGGGCGCUCGACUCCUUCCUUAGGCAAAAUGAUGGGCAGUUCACAGGGAUCCAGUUGGUGGGGAUGCUGAGGGGAAUUGCUGCUGGCAUGAAGUACCUGUCCGAGAUGAAUUACGUCCACCGAGACCUGGCCGCCCGCAACAUCCUGGUCAACAGCAACCUGGUGUGCAAGGUGUCGGACUUCGGCCUGUCCCGUUAUCUGCAGGAAGACACCUCUGACCCCACCUACACCAGCUCACUGGGUGGAAAGAUUCCUGUGAGAUGGACCUCGCCGGAAGCCAUCGCAUACAGGAAGUUCACUUCUGCUAGUGACGUCUGGAGUUAUGGCAUUGUCAUGUGGGAGGUGAUGUCUUUUGGCGAGAGGCCCUACUGGGACAUGAGCAACCAAGAUGUAAGUCUUUUUUUUUACAAAAUAGAGUAUGACUGUCUAUUACUGGCUUUGAGUCACACUAGCCCUGAGUAAACUGAAUAAAAUAAAAUA